CCAUGACAGACCGAUAUACUAUUCACAGCCAACUGGAGCAUCUGCAGUCCAAGUAUAUCGGCACGGGCCAUGCGGAUACUACUAAGUGGGAGUGGCUGGUGAACCAGCACAGAGACUCUUACUGCUCCUACAUGGGCCACUUUGAUCUGCUCAAUUACUUUGCCGUGGCUGAGAACGAAAGUAAAGCACGGGUACGUUUUAACCUGAUGGAGAAGAUGCUGCAGCCGUGUGGGCCCCCAGCUGAUAAGCCCGACGACUCUUAAGCGUGGCGAUGGUUUCUUCUCUGAGGCUGCCUGUUAUGGAGUUCUUGGAGUCGAUCAAACUUAUCGCCGUUCGUCUUAAAGUUUCCGGGACUUAAGCAAGAGAUUCCCGCCUAAUCAACAGGCGUGUAUCAUAAAGCAGGACUGUGCUAAUUCUAAAUGGAGUUUCUGAAUUCCAGGAGUCCGUGAUAAAGUACUUUGAGGACGUUUGUGCAUUUGCCUGAAGUCUCUUCGAAAUCCUUGUACGACUAAUCUAGGCUUUUCUUUCAACUGCUUAUCACUUGUAAUAAAACAAUCAACUCUUGUUGAAUCCUUGUA